AUGAACGCGCUGGCCAACCACGGAGACAAGAAUGUGACGCACAUCAGCCCCGGCACGACCUACUCGUGGAUGGAUGACUUCUGGGGCUUCGUCAACCCUGACAGCGAGUGUUGCCGUGUGGAUUCCGAGGGCGCCUACGUCCCGAUCGAAACUGGCAACGACACGUACACGACUCUGCGCGCGGACGACGACACGUGCCUUGCUACGUCGGUGACGAUUCCCCCCGUGCCUGAGGCCCAAUACAUGUCGCUCUUCAGUAUGUUCGCGACGGCAAGUGCUGGUACGUCGUGCUCGUACGGUGGUGGUUCGAUCUACCGUGGCCAGUUCAGUAUCGACUCGGAGCCCAUUCCGACCGUCAACGCCUCGACGCCUGCGGUGAAGAUCAACAGCAGUGGCUACGGUGACGAGAUCACGGCUUGGUCGUACAUGGUGACGGGCACGUCGAACCCGACGCAGCAGCGCUACAUCGACUCGUACAAGCAGAACCUUGCGGCGGCCGAGUGGAUCAGCGAGAAGACUGGUGUGGACAUCUGGGUGUACUCGCUGACGUACGUGUACUUCGAGCAGUACCUGACUGUGGUCGACGACGCCUACAAGCUCAUCGGUCUGGCGCUGGCGGCUAUCUUCGUGAUCACGGCGCUGUACCUGGGCAACGUGUUCUACUCGCUGGUGAUCGCGUUGACGGCGACCAACAUCGUCGUGCUCGUGCUGGGUCUGAUGCAGCCGCUGGACAUCAUGCUCAACGGUCUGUCCAUUGUGAACCUGAUCAUCGCGGCCGGUAUCGCCGUCGAGUUCUGCGGUCACUACGUCCGGUUCUUCGCGAAGGCUCGCGGUACGGGCGACGAGCGCGCUCGCGAUGCUCUUCGCCAGGUCUUGACGUCGGUUGUGUUUGGCAUCACCAUCACGAAGGUCAUCGGUCUGAGUGUGCUGACACUCGCGGACUCGCGCGUGUUCAAGAAGUACUACUUCCGUAUGUACAUGAUCGUCGUGCUCUGCGGUGUGCUCAACGGCAUGCUGCUGCUGCCCGUGCUGCUCAGCACCAUCACAGACGUCAAGGACUUCUUCUUGCGUAGAGGAUCACGGAAAACCGACCUGCCUUCGGCGCCUGUUACUCGGGUGGAGUAAGCCGACGUCCAAGCUGUGAGCAACUUCGUGUAUCCUGCGUUGAAGCCAAUCUGUACAUAUGAGGACGCCACCGAUCCCGUAGCCAGCAUCCAAGUCAAGCCCGGACGAGUGCGAUGGAGCAAUAGAGAAGUGUGCGCGUGACUACUUCGUACUACUAGUAGUAGUAAGUAGUACCCAGUCGUUAAGUAAAUAAAAUAGGGACCCCCUGUCUUCCUUCUU